AUGCCUUGUUUUAUCUACAUNUGUAAUAAUCUUAUUAAAAUUUGGAAUUUUGACUAAGGAAGAUUACAAAUAUCUUAUAUUUAUGAAGUACAUGUAGAUGAUGUUUUGUGUUUGGUUUACAGCAAAUCGAGAAAUAACUUUAUUUCUGGAUCGAGAGAUAAUACGAUAAUUUGUUGGUAAUAAAUCAAAUAAAAGGGAUGGAAAUGUUCAUAACCAAUCUAAUAACAUAAAGGUUGGGUUCAUUGUUUAAUAUUAAAUAAGCAAGAAGAUCAACUUAUAACUGGAAGUGAUGAUUGUUCAAUAAGAGUUUGGAAAGUAGAUUUUAUUAAGAAUGAGCUUACUUUUCUGUAAGAAUUAGUUUAACAUACCAACAGUGUAAAUUCAUUGAGUUUUAAUUAAUCUGAAACUGUGUUUGCAUCAUGUGGAUUUCAUGAACUUAUAAUAUGGGAGAAAGGAUUAUAAGGAAAAUGGAGAUUUAAAUAUAAACAAGAUGUUUUUUAUGGAAAUAAAAUACAUUUCAUAAAUGAUCAACAAUUUAUUUGGGUAACUAAAUCUAAAAAUAUUGAUGAUAUUUUGGUGUUUGAAUAAUAAGCUGGUGUCUUUAAAAAGAAUUCAAUCAAAAAUAUUCAAUUAAUAUAAAAUAAUCAAUGUGAUGAUGAACUUUAUUUUCCAAUAAUACAUAAUAAAGAGAAAAACAUGAUUUUGGUAAGACAUAAACACCAUAUAUAUCUUAUUAGACAAUUAAACAAUGCUUUAUUUAAAACUAUUGUAUCAUUGAAUUGUUAAAUUAAUGAGACUUUUGGAGGUAUGACCAAUGAUGGAUAGUAUUUAGUAUUAUGGGAUAAUAAAUAUCAAAAGUACUCAUCUUAUGAGAUUUUAAAUAAAUGA